GCAAUACCUUCUUGUCUGAUUUAUAGCUGCAUGUCAUCAUUACAAACCAAUUUCGUAGAAAAAUGCAGACAGCACGGUGAAAAAAUUAAAAAAAUCAGCUCUAUUUAUCGUCACCGGAGUACCUUAAAAUUAAGAUAGAAAUCGGCGUAUAAAAUCAAAUUCCCGAUCUGCACAACCGCUAGUAAAAAUCAUUGAACUUUCAUUUACAAUCGUGGAUCGAUGUGCAUUAGUUUUUAGAAAUGUUGGCUAAAUUUGCACUCAUUUUUGCUACCUGUGUCGCUGAUCUGUCCCUACGAAAUUAAAUCUGUCUGUAAUCUGCUCCCGUGUUUGCUAAAUAUGUCCGAAAUUUGCACCCAUUUAAAUCUUUUUGUCAUUGCCCCUGUUUUUUCUAAAACGUGCUAUAGAUUUGCGAGUGCAUAUGCAAGUUUUGUCCGUAAUUUGCAUUGUGUUUUCUAAUUUUGUCCCGAACUUGCCAUUGUUUUUGCCAAUUUCUCUCCAGUUUGCCAUUAUGUUUUCUAAUUUUGUUUUAAUUUACCCUAGUCUUGUCUAAUUGUACGCAAUUUACCCUUCUUUAAUGAAAUUUGUCCUAAUCUGCGCCACUAUAUUUGUUCUGUGUCGACAAUUUACCAUUGUUUUUGCUGAAAUGUAUGUGUAAUUUGGCAUUGUAUGAGUGAACUCUGUCCUAGGUUUGACCGUUUAUUGGCCCCGCCUUGCUGAUUUUAUAGGUACUUUUGCUUCUGUUUUGCUGAAUUUGUUGGAAAGCCAUGGCAUCCUCUAGAGUGCAAGCUCUAGAAGAAGAGAAUGCCAAACUAGUGGCAGAAAUGGCGUCAAUGAAAAAGAAAAUAAUGGUGCACCUGAGGAAGCAGCAGGCGGAAUUGCAGGCCAAAGUUCAGGAGGCGGAGGCCCGUGCCUCUGCUGCCGAAGCUGCUCUUGCUUCGCAAACUUCAGGCUCGGUGGAUGACGAAAUCAGCAAGCUGAAGGCUGCAUUGGAGAUGGAGAAGCAGCGGAGUGGCCAGCUGGAAGAAAGGGCUUUUGAAGAGAAGGAGAAAUUGGAGUCUCAGAUCUGCGAGUUAAAGAAGCUUUUGGAUGAUGAAUCAGUCAAGAAGGUUGCUGCAAAGGGAUUGGAAAAUGAACUAAAGAAUCGACAUGAAAUUGCGCAAAAGCGUAUAGAAGAGUUGAUGAUGGUGAACAAUAAGCUAGAAAAGGAGCUGCUUAUGGCAGCAGGACAAGUUUCUGAUGCCUUUGCAAGAAUUUCUUCAACUCAUGAUGACAUGGAAAGGAUUUCCAAGGAAUUCCAUGAAUCAAAACACGCACAUGCAAAACUCACAAAGGAACAUGACAGGAUAUUAACAGAACUAGAAAUGACCCGCACUGCUUUGCUUCAAGCCGAGAAGGAUGUUGAAGGAAAUAAAAAAGAUAUUGAAGAAAUCACAGCAGCAAGGAAAGCUGCUCAGGAGGGUCAAAAUGCUGCAAUAGAUCAACUUAUGAAGCAGCUUAAUGAGCUGGGAGCAGUUGCUGUGGUAGAGAAUAAUGAGGUUGAAAGUGGUAAACUACAAGUGACUAUCCUGGAAAACAAAGCACUGCAUGAACAAUUAUUACAAAGUAACACAGCAGUUAGAGAGUUACAAGAGCGUUGUUCAGAUCUUCAGAAGCACUUGCUUGAUGUUGAGCAAGGGGACAAGAGAUUACAGGAGAAAAAAAUUGUUAAAAUUGAGGCUCUUGAUGGUAGUAAUGUAUCAGAUGCUUAUGAGAGGGACUCACUCAUCAAAGAUAUUUAUGAAUUAAAGUUUCAAAAUGAAUAUUUGAAAUUGCAUCUUGAACACUUCUGUGCUGACAUAAUUCAAUCUGGUAGCACAGAAGAUGCCAUUGUGCAGUUCAAAGAAUCUUCUCAAGGAAAUCAUUCAUACACUGUAAGUCAGUUGCACAGAGAGAUUACAGACCUGAGUAAGCAACUUGAAGAGAGCAGAGCAUCACUAGCAGUAGCAGAGGAUAACAUCAAACAAUUUCAUCUCGCAAUAUCUCAGUCUGACGAAAGGGUUCAAGAACUUUCAACACAGCUUGUUGAAGAUCACAAAAAUAUGGAAAACCAAAUAAAGGAGCGUGAUGAAAAAUUUGCAGAACUUGAUUUGAAGUUUGGGCGUUUGCAAAAAAGAGCAAAGCAGAGGAUACAAGAACUUCAAAAGGAAAAAGACGAUAUUGAGGCUCAGCUGUCCAUUGCAAGGGAUAAAGCUUCACAAGCUAUGAUACAGCAAUCUGAAAUAAAACAAGAACUUGAACGGGUUCGACAUGAAACAGGUGAAGCUCUGCGGUCCAUAGAUGGAGAGAAGCAGCGACUACACAUUGCUAAUAGUAGGCAAAAAGAAAUCAUAGAUGAUUUGCAUCGUGCAUUGGAAUCUAAGGAGCAUACUUUAGAAGAAUUGAAGCACUCUCUCUCUGAGAAAGAUCAGGUGUUGCAGGAGACACAGAAUUCAUUAAAAUUAUUGGAGGAAAAGAACCAAGCAUCCCUUUUAGAACUUAGUGCAAAAAAUCAAAAGAUUGUGGAGAGCUUUGAAUCUCAGUUGGCUGAUGCAACAUUGGAAAGUAGAAAAUUAACUGAAUCUAUAGCAAAGCAACGGGCACAAUUGGCUGACAGAGAAUCAAAACUUGCAGAGUUGGAAGCAACUUCUACGGGUGAGGUAGCAAGGCUUAGAGCUGCUUUAGAAGCAGCAAAAGGAGAUGUUAUCCGUAUAAAGCAGGAACAACUAAAGGAGAAGGAGAGCUGGGAUGCUGAACUUCAAAAAAUGAAAACUAGGCUUGAAGAGUCAGAAAAAUCCAUCUUGCAGUAUGAGAUUGACGCUGUGAAGACAAGAAGCCAAUUAGAGUUGGAGCUUGAAGGAUUGCAACAAAAAGUUGACAAAUAUGAAGAGGCUCUUGCUUCUGCUAGAGAAGAGUUCCGCAGUUUGGAAAAGGAAUUUAAAGCAUACAAGAAUCGGGCCCAUGCACUUCUACAAAAAAAGGAGGCUGAGCUGUUGGCAGUGAAGGAUAUGGAACUGGUGGCAGCUCAAGAAGCCGCUUUAAAAGAAGCUCAAAGAGAAGCAGCUUUGGCAUCAGCUGAAAAAGAUUGGGCUAAAAAGGCUCUUCAAGAUGCUGUUAGAUGUCAUGAAACUGAACUUGCAGCCAGAUCUGUGGCUCUCAUGGAUGCGGAGGAGAGAAUUAAAGACAUGGCCACCAAACUUGAGUCCUUGAGGGCUCAUUUGGUAUCAGAAAAAGAAGAAUGGCAGACCACUAUCAUGAAUGUUGAAGAAACUUGGCGCUUAAAAUACAAGGCACUAGAGGCUGAAGCGCAUAAAGCAUCUACAGCUGGUUUGGAUGAUGACAUACAUUUACUGAAAACUACUUGUGAGAAAAUUAAGGAAGAGUAUGAAUCCUUUCAGGAGAUGGCUAAAAAUAUGAUUGAGGAGAAGGACAAGGAAAUUGUUCGUCUUUUGGAUGAUAAUAGCAACCUCAGAAAAUCACUACAGUCAAAACAACAGGUGGAGAAGGAUAAGAUUAGAGAAAAGCAAGAUACAUCCACACCCCUUGUUGCUGGAGCAGAGCACCAAAUUUUGCUCUUAGCCAGGCAACAAGCACAGCGUGAGGAAGAGCUUGCACGGUGUCAGCGCCAUAUUCAAGCCCUUCAAGAGGAGAUCGAUGAGCUUAAACAUGAGAAUCAGCUCCGCAUCAAACAGGAAAUAGCUAUCAAAGAUGAAUUUCGGAACAUGGAGAGGGAGCGGAAGCGUGACGGGGUUGACAUGACAUAUCUAAAAAAUGUUAUUUUGAAAUUACUUGAAACGGGUGAGGUUGAGGCUUUACUUCCUGUCGUUGGGACACUGUUGCAAUUCAGCCCUGAAGAGAUCAGGAAGUGCCAAGAAACCUAUAGGUCUGCUCCAGAUGUGCCUUUAAGUGGUGGUGCAGCUGUUGUUGAUGCUGCAUCCUCUGCACCUCGCUCCCUUUUUUCAAGAUUCACGUUUUCUUAAAGGAAAUAGAUGGAGUUUAGCAUGCUAUAAACUAGCAGUUGUGAUAAUUCUAGCAUGAUUUAUCAGUCCUCUGGCUAAUAAUCCGCUUCAGAUAAAUUCUUCAUAGGUGCUGACAUGAACCUCCUGCAUGGAAAACUAUGAGUGGGGAACAUCUUCCUUCAAUUCAAGAUAUAGCCUGCUUGAAGUGUUACCUUGUACGAGUGCUAUCACAGUUGGUCUUAUCAGCAACAACCUUCAGAAAAAAUGAGUAUAUCAUGAAGUUAACUGAUUAGUGAAGUGGCAUACCGUUCAUUCUUUAUCUACAAAGUUCCUUAAUUGAAGAGGAAACAAAGGCCCAAAGAGUAUUUUGUGGGCUAUUUUUUUUCCAAUAGGCUUAUUGCCCAUUUUUUCAAAAGCAAAUUUUCCAAUUGGUAAAAUCUUGACCAAUUGUUUAACAAAGACAAAUUGACAAGUAUUUGUUAUAAUUUAUGUUUAAGAUUUUUACUUUCCAGUUUCCAGAAACGGGGAGAUUCUUUCUCCUGCAAAUUUCCAUGGUUGGGACAAAUAAUGCGUAACCCAGUGUCAAAGCUUUAGGUCCAUAAAGGGUGUGUUCACUAUUUGUAACUUUUGAAAUAUAUAUCAAUGGUGUUUUAUUCACACAA